GAAAUUUUUUAUGGACAAUAACAUUUAUCUAUCAAUGUCAUCAGUUAUACGCUAGCUCGAGAACGUACAUUCUGAAAUUAAUGCCUAAUGGAAUUUAAUUACUGCUUGAUUUUAUCAUACAUUACAGGUACUGAUAAAAACAAAAAUUCAAAACAAAAAAAUAAAAAAGAACAUUAGUAAUCAGUGCUUCGGUAAAUCGAUAUCGACCGGAUGUUUUUGUAACUAUACCUAAAAGAAUAACUCAUUUUCUAUCGACUAAAGAAGACGUUUCAGACAUGAAGAAGUUAUGGGUAAACUGGCUCUUACUUUAUAUUUCAAUGGCAACAGCCGUAAAAUCAAACGAAACAAUAGGAAAUCUAACUGGCAAUGACUUAAAUUGUACGACUCGUGAAUGUGUGAAGGAUAAUUUGGAAUUCGAACUGACUAUGUUAAAUAAUAUGAACGCAAGUGUGGAUCCUUGUGACAACUUUUAUGAAUUCGCUUGUGGAAAUUUCGACAACGUUCCUGAUGAUAUUGUUCAGGGUACAGAACACAAUACAUUUGUCCAUGCACAUGAAGUUAUGUUCCAGAAAAUGUAUAAUCUGAUAGCAAAAAGCGGUUCGUCGGAGUCAUUUCAACCGUUCAAUUUCCUAAAUGAUUUCUUAAUCUCUUGCGACAGAGUGAACAUCAAUAAUGUUGCAACUUACCCCGGAAUUAAAAAGGACAAUCUGGAUUAUUUGAAAGAAAUUAUUUCAAAAUUUGGUGGUUGGCCAGUUGUAAAAGGCGAUAAAUGGAACGAAACUAAUGACAACUGGACUAAUUUUAUCGAUGAAGCAAAGAGCACUGAUUUCAUUUAUUAUCAUUUUUAUGGAUUGCGUAGUCGAUCAGUUAAUAACUACACAAUAAUAUCCUUUCAGCCUAUGGACCUUGAAUUUUCACGGGAAAAUGGAAAAAAUCCCACACACAGUAGUAAGAUCGCUUACCGCGAUUUUAUGGUCGACGUUGCAGAUAUUUUGGGAGCGAAUAAGACACAAGCUAAAAUAGAACUCGCGUCGUUACUAUUGUUUGAAAAGAGACUUACUCAAAUAAGCGAGAAAAAUAGUACAUCACGAUCGAGUAAUGAUGGUUUGCCUGGAGGUUCAGUAAAGGCAGUGAUAGAAAACUGGCCAAGCAUUGAUUGGAUUAAAUUUUUAAACACACAAUCUGAUUUUCCCAGUAAUGUAACAAAUGAAACAAUAAUUUAUAUAGAAAAUACUGAUAAAGUAACGUACUUGAACUAUCUAGUAAAUAUUACUCCCGCAAAAGUGCGAGCAAAUUAUGCGAUGUGGAAGACGAUUCAAAAGUUGAUUCCAAAGGUCGAGUCAGUGUCUCUGUCUCAAUCGUUACAGAUUUAUAAUAAAAUUAAGAAUCCAUCAUAUGUUGAUGAGCCAGUGAAUUGUUGGAAUGAACUUACAGAUCGUUUUCCGGAACUUCUACUUGCUUAUUAUGGGCGAAAAUACCCAGUUGAGGGACUUGCUAGAGUUCAAAUUCAUCAGCUUAUUUCAUACAUAGAACAACAAUUCUACAAUACUCUGAAUAGCACAAAGUGGUUAGAUGUGAAGGCAAGAGAUACACUAUUUGAAACCAUAAAUUCUUUAAAAUUUAUUAUUGGCUACCCCGAAGAGAUUAUGGAUGAUAGAAAAUUGGAAGAAUACUUCCAAGGACUCAAUAUAACUAACGAUAAUUUUCUAAAAAAUGUUAUAAAUCGGAAAAUAUUUACCGAAAAGAAAGAGUUUAAUUUUUAUCAUAAGCCACAAAACUCAAUCGGGUUUCUGGACUAUUUUUACAAUCUUAUUUUAUAUAACGCUGAUACUUUUUUCAAUAGUCGUACAAACAAAAUCGUUUUAGGUAUCGAAUUGCUGAGGAAUUUGUACUUCAGUAUCCAUCGCCCGAAUUAUUUUAAUAUUGCCGUACUCGGAGACAAACUUGCUCACGAAAUAGGGCAUUCUAUCGACAUCACAUCCACAAAUGAUAUCAAUUCCAAAGUAAACGAUAGCAAAUGGACUGAAUCGUCAAAGCAAGUGUAUCGUGAUGUACGAGAAUGCAUUGCCCAGCAGUACAGCAAUUAUUCUCGAAAAAUGAAUGGUGAAUUCUAUCUCAAUGAAAAUAUUGUUGACAAUAUUGGUGUCCAAGUUGCUUAUUCGGCCUAUCAAGAUUGGGUCAAAACACAUGGACCACAACCAACUUUUUCUAGCUUGCCGUACAACUCGAAUCAAUUGUUUUGGCUAUCAUUCGCUAAUCUAUGGUGCACACCGAAAUCGAAAUUACAAAACUGGCGUUCAACCAAUGUGCAUCCUCCGCAUGAUCAUCGUGUCAUUAUGCCGCUUUUUAACAGCCCAGAAUUUUCGAAAGAUUUCAAUUGUCCCUUGGGAUCUAACAUGAAUCCAGUAAAAAAAUGUAUUGUGUUUUGAUUGAAAUUGUCAAUUACUUUCCUUCACUCGUUUUGGAAAUCCUUAACUUUACGGACUAUUUUACUGGAUAAUUAAUUUGCUUCAACUGCUGACGAGCUUUUAUUCAAAAUCGUUAAUCAAAAUAAUAAGGUACAAUAUAUGUAAAAGCAAAAAUAUCAUUUCUUUAAAC